AAAAAUUGAAAAAGAAGGCCAACAACAUGACGGCUGCCAUACACGCUCACCUCACUGCUAAAAGUAGCUGCUAGUAAAACCCUAAAUACAAAUACGUCUCGUCAUCUCUUUCCCAUCACAACACAACAACAUAUAUAACCCUCCGACUCCCCAUACCCCGUUGCAGCUCUCAGCUCUCUCUCGGGAGCUUUCCGUUUGAGCCCCCAUUCCAUUCAUCUCACCCCCCAUUAUUCCCUCUCUCCCUCUCACUCUCUGCGAUGGCGACGGAUUCAGCUGUGGAAUCGCUCGCGGCCGUUGCCGAGUCCGUUUCGACUCCCUCCACCAAGGCGCGUGUUCGGAUCUUCCGCGACAAAAUUCCGUCCAUUCUCGAUAAUACGGAGAUGUCUGCUGAACUUGCAUCAGUAGUGGUAGGGAUAAUUUUCAAAACAUUGUAUAUUUAUGACGAUCGAGGAUCAAGGAAAGCUGUUGAUGAUGUGAUAACAAAAGCUUUGUGUGAGGUUACAUUUAUGAAAAGUUUUGCAGCAACCAUUGUACAGUUCAUGGAAAAGCAGUUGAAGUUCCAGUCUCAUAUAGGAUGUUACAGACUUCUGAAGUGGUCAUGUCUUCUAUUAAGCAAGAGUCAGUUUGCCUCGGUAUCGAAGAAUGCAAUGUGCAGAGUAGCUGCAGCGCAGGCAUCUCUUCUUCAUUUUGCUAUGCAAGGAUCUUUCCGUGAGCGAAGGGCUUGCAAGCAAGCUUUUUUUCAUUUGUUCUCAGAGUCGCCGGACAUCUUCAAAACCUACAUUGAAGAACUAAAGGACAUGAGAAUCCCAUAUAAUGAUAAUCCAGAACUUUUGGGGCUUCUACUAGAAUUUUCAAGUUCUGUUCCUUCUUUAUUUGACCGGUGGAAGCCAACAUUUCUUGAUAUAUAUGUUAAAGCAGUUCUAAAUGCAAGGGAAAAACCAGCAAAGGGUCUCAGUGAAGCUUUGCUUCCAUUGUUCACCCAUUUGGCGCAUGAAGAUUUUAGAAGUAUUGUGGUUCCAUCAUCUGUUAAAAUGUUGAAACGCAACCCAGAGCUGGUGUUGGAAUCUGUUGGGAUUCUUUUGAAAUCGGUCAAAUUUGAUCUGAGUAAGUAUGCCACUGAAAUUCUUUCAGUGGUAUUACCACAGGCUCGCCAUGCGGAUGAAAGAAGAAGGCUUGAGGCCUUAGCUAUAGUUGGUUGUUUGAGUGAGAAAUCUAGUAAUCCAGAUGCUGUAGAAGCAAUGUUUAGUGCUGUCAAAUCUGUCAUUGGAGGCUCAGAAGGAAGACUUACAUUUCCGUACCAGAGAGUAGGAAUGAUAAAUGCUGUGCAAGAGCUAUCCAGUGUCCCUGAUGGGAAAUAUCUCAGCAGCCUGUCACAGUCAAUUUGUAGCUUUCUUUUGUCCUGUUACAAGGAUGAUGGAAAUGAGGAGGUUAAGCUUGCCAGUUUAUCUGCUAUGGCUUCAUGGGGAGCAAGAUGUCCAGAUGCUAUUAAGCCAGAUGUAGUUUCUUUUAUUGGUUCUGGUCUCAAGGAGAAGGAAACUUUGAGAAGGGGUCAUCUUCGCUGUCUUCGGGUGAUGUGCAAAAAUGCGGAUGCUGUUGUAAGGAUAUCGUCUUUGCUGGUGCCACUGACGCAACUAGUAAAAAGUGGUUUUACCAAAGCGGCACAGCGUUUGGAUGGUAUUUAUGCAUUGCUCUGCGUUGCUAAAAUUGCUGUUAUUGACAUCAAAGCCGAUGAGAUUCUAUUAAGGGAAAAGAUUUGGUCAUUGAUAGCUCAAAGCGAACCUUCACUUGUACCAGUUACGAUGGCCUCAAAACUGUUGGUUGAGGACUGCUUGGCAUGUCUUGAUCUUCUUGAGGUGCUGCUGGUGGAUCAUCCACAGAGAGUGUUGGAGUCUUUUUCUGUCAGGUUACUGUUACAGUUUAUCCUCUAUUUACUAUGCCAUCCAAAUUGGGACAUCCGAAGAGUGGCAUAUAAUUCUACCAAGAAGAUUAUUGUUGCUGCUCCACAAUUAUCUGAAGCAAUUUUUCUUGAGUUUUCGUGUUAUCUUUCUGCCGUUGGAGAAAAAGUUGUUCUUCUGAAAACAAGUGACGCAGAAAGCACAUUGGACGCUCAUGUUCCCUUAGUUCCAUCCGUGGAGGUUUUGGUGAAGGCUUUAGUUGUUUUGUCCUCUGCAGUAUUGACUGCUAGUCCCAGUGCAUUUGUGCAACUUAUAUCCUGUGCGCAUCAUCCAUGCUUAGUUGGCACGGCAAAAAGAAAUGCAGUGUGGAGGAGGCUACAGAAGUGUUUGCAGAGAAAUGGUUUUGAUGUCAUUGGGCUAAUUAGUGCUGAUGUGGGUAAUAUGUGCAAGGGCUUGCUAGGACCAACAGGGCUGAUGAGUACUAAUCCUUUUAACCAAGAUGCAGCAAUAUAUUCCUUGUCGACCUUGAUGUCGAUUACCCCCCGAGACACCUUUAUAGAGUUUGAAAAGCACUUACACAAUCUUCCCGACCAUUCUGCACAUGACACUCUCUCUGAAAGUGACAUUCAGAUUUUCCGUACACCUGAAGGGAUGCUUUCUAGUGAGCAAGGUGUUUAUGUUGCUGAGUCUGUUGCUUCUAAGAACACGAAACAAGCUAAAGGCCGGUUCCGGGUUUAUGAUGACCAAGAGGUUGUGGAUGAAGUGAGUUCUAAUCAUUCUGUAAAGCGAGAGCAUGCUAGUGUUGGCAAAAAAGAAAGUGGAAAGUUAGCAAAGAAGGCUGACAAGGGAAAGACUGCAAAAGAAGAGGCACGUGAGAUGCAGCUUAAAGAUGAGGCAUUGACACGUGAAAAAGUCUCAGUCAUACAGAAGAAUUUAUCUUUGAUGCUGAGAGCCCUAGGGGAGAUGGCUAUAGCUAAUCCUAUUUUCACGCACAGUCAACUUCCUUCUCUGGUAAGUUUUGUUACCCCUUUACUACGGUCGCCGAUUGUGAGUGAUGUGGCAUAUGAAACCAUGGUGAAGCUUUCCAGUUGUACUGCUGCUCCUCUGUGUAAUUGGGCCAUUGACAUUGCCACCGCUUUACGCCUUAUCCUGACUGAAGAAGUUAUUGUUUUAUGGGAUCUAGUUCCAUCUAUUAGCAAUGGGGAGGCUAAUGAGAGGCCAUCUUUGGGUCUUUUUGAGCGAGUAGUUAAUGGGCUAUCCAUUUCUUGCAAAUCUGGACCUCUUCCUGUUGACUCAUUUACUGUUAUUUUCCCUAUAAUGGAGAGGAUACUGUUGUCUUCCAAGAAGACUGGACUUCAUGAUGAUGUUCUUCGGAUUCUAUUUCUACAUAUGGAUCCAGUUUUGCCCCUUCCUAGGCUUCGCAUGCUAUCAGUUCUUUAUCAUGUUCUUGGUUCUGUUCCUGCUUAUCAAGCAUCUAUCGCGCCAGCAUUAAAUGAGUUGUGUUUGGGUCUACAGCCGAAUGAAGUAGCAUCUGCUCUUUAUGGAGUUUAUGCCAAAGAUGUUCACGUAAGAAUGGCCUGCUUAAAUGCUGUAAAAUGCAUACCAGCUGUUGCUAGCCGUUCUCUUCCUCAGAAUGUUGAGGUUGCAACAAGCAUUUGGAUUGCUUUACAUGAUCCAGAAAAGUCAGUUGCAGAUGUGGCUGAGGAUGUAUGGGAUCGCUAUGGCUUUGACUUUGGGACAGACUAUUCUGGGCUUUUCAAAGCACUUUCACAUGUUAACUACAAUGUUCGUUCGGCUGCUGCUGAGGCGUUGGCUGCUGCUUUGGAUGAAAACCUGGAUACUAUACAGGAGUCCCUUUCAACUUUAUUUUCAUUGUACAUCCGUGAUGUUGGCUUCGGUGAGGACAACAUUGAUGCUGGUUGGAUAGGUAGACAAGGAAUUGCGUUAGCGUUACAUUCGGCGGCAGAUGUACUUAGAAACAAAGACCUGCCUGUUGUAAUCACAUUUCUGAUAUCACGAGCUCUGGCUGAUACUAAUCUUGAUGUUCGAGGAAGAAUGAUUAAUGCUGGUAUAACGAUUAUUGAUAAGCAUGGAAGAGACAAUGUGGCUUUGUUAUUUCCAAUUUUUGAGAACUAUUUAAACAAACAGGCAUCUGACGAAGAAAGGUACGAUUUGGUGCGUGAGGGUGUUGUUAUCUUUACUGGAGCUUUGGCGAAGCAUCUGGAAAAGGAUGAUCCAAAAGUCCUCACCGUUGUUGAGAAAUUGUUGGACGUGUUGAAUACUCCAUCUGAAUCAGUUCAACGGGCAGUCUCAACUUGCUUAUCUCCACUAAUGCAGUCAAAGCAAGAAGAUGCGCCAGCACUUGUUUCUAGGCUGUUGAAUCAGCUAAUGAAAAGUGAUAAAUUUGGGGAGCGCCGUGGAGCAGCAUUUGGACUUGCUGGGGUGGUAAAAGGAUUUGGAAUUACAUGCCUCAAGAAGUAUGGUAUUGCCGCAGCGCUACGAGAAGGUCUUGUUGAUAGGAAUUCUGCAAAAAGCCGUGAAGGAGCGCUGCUGGCAUUUGAAUGCCUUUGUGAGAAACUUGGAAGAUUGUUUGAACCGUAUGUAAUUCAAAUGUUACCAUUACUCUUGGUUUCGUUCUCUGAUCAAGUUGUUGCUGUUCGAGAAGCUGCUGAAUGUGCUGCUCGUGCAAUGAUGUCUCAGCUCAGCGCUCAGGGGGUGAAGCUUGUCCUUCCGUCACUUCUGAAGGGCCUUGAUGAUAAAGCUUGGCGAACGAAGCAAAGUAGUGUUCAACUUCUUGGAGCUAUGGCUUAUUGUGCCCCACAACAACUCUCUCAAUGCCUUCCUAAAGUUGUGCCAAAAUUGACAGAGGUGCUAACUGACACGCAUCCUAAAGUUCAGUCAGCGGGGCAAACUGCCCUUCAGCAGGUUGGUAGCGUGAUAAAAAAUCCUGAAAUCUCUGCUCUUGUUCCUACUCUUCUAAUGGGUCUUAGUGAUCCCAAUGACUACACAAAACAUUCCCUUGACAUCCUCCUCCAAACGACGUUCAUUAAUUCUAUUGAUGCUCCUUCGCUCGCACUGUUGGUACCAAUAGUUCAUAGAGGGCUGAGAGAAAGGAGUGCAGAGACUAAAAAGAAAGCUGCACAGAUUGUUGGAAAUAUGUGUUCUUUGGUUACAGAACCCAAGGACAUGAUUCCUUACAUACGUUUACUACUUCCUGAAGUUAAAAAGGUUCUUGUGGAUCCAAUCCCUGAAGUUCGGUCAGUUGCUGCAAGGGCCAUUGGUUCUCUCAUACGAGGAAUGGGAGAAGAGAACUUCCCAGAUCUUGUUCCAUGGUUGUUAGAUACACUCAAGUCUGAUGGUAGCAAUGUAGAACGGUCUGGAGCCGCUCAAGGGCUAAGUGAGGUUUUGGCUGCACUAGGAAAGCUCUAUUUUGAACAGAUACUUCCUGAUAUCAUUCGCAACUGUUCUCAUCAGAAAGCAUCCGUGCGUGAUGGUUAUUUGACACUUUUCAAGUAUUUGCCAAGGUCAUUAGGUAUCCAAUUCCAGAACUAUUUGCAACAGGUGUUGCCUGCUAUCCUUGAUGGCCUUGCGGAUGAGAAUGAGUCUGUACGUGAGGCCGCACUCAGUGCUGGGCAUGUCCUGGUUGAGCAUUAUGCAACAACGUCAUUGCCCCUGCUCCUUCCAGCUGUUGAAGAUGGUAUUUUCAGUGAUAGUUGGCGUAUUCGACAAAGUUCUGUUGAAUUGUUGGGUGAUCUCUUGUUCAAGGUAGCUGGAACUUCUGGAAAAGCACUUCUUGAGGGUGGUAGUGAUGAUGAAGGUGCAAGUACCGAGGCACAAGGACGCGCUAUCAUUGAGGUUCUUGGAAGAGAGAAGCGUAAUGAGGUUCUUGCUGCAUUGUAUAUGGUUCGAACUGACGUGAGCAUAACAGUGCGCCAGGCUGCCUUACAUGUGUGGAAGACCAUAGUUGCAAAUACUCCUAAGACUCUGAAGGAAAUUAUGCCAGUGUUAAUGAAUACUUUGAUUACUUCUCUUGCAUCGCCUUCCUCUGAAAGGCGCCAGGUUGCUGGGAGAUCACUUGGUGAGCUUGUUAGGAAGCUUGGAGAGAGAGUGUUACCUUUGAUCAUUCCAAUUUUAUCGCAAGGGCUAAAUGACUCUAAUGGAAGUAGAAGACAAGGUGUGUGCAUUGGACUGAGCGAAGUGAUGGCCAGUGCUGGCAAGAGUCAGUUAUUAAGUUUCAUGGAUGAGCUGAUUCCUACUAUCCGUACAGCUCUUUGUGAUAGCAUGCCCGAGGUUCGUGAGUCAGCAGGCUUAGCAUUCAGCACACUUUAUAAGAGUGCUGGAAUGCAAGCAAUUGAUGAGAUUAUCCCAACACUACUGCAUGCUUUGGAGGAUGAUCAAACCUCUGAUACGGCUCUUGAUGGCCUCAAACAGAUCUUAAGUGUCAGGACUACAGCUGUUUUGCCUCAUAUUUUGCCCAAGCUUGUUCAUCUUCCUCUGUCUGCAUUCAAUGCACAUGCUUUGGGAGCUCUUGCUGAGGUUGCAGGACCUGGUUUGGACUUCCAUCUCAGUACUAUCGUUCCUGCAUUACUUGCUGCAAUGGGUGAUGAUAACAUGGAAGUUCAAACUUUGGCAAAGAAGGCUGCAGAGACUGUUGUCUUAGUCAUUGGUGAGGAAGGCAUAGAACCAUUGAUAUCAGAGCUUCUCAAAGGAGUUGGCGAUCAUCAGGCUUCUAUUAGACAAAGUUCUUCAUAUUUGAUUGGAUACUUCUUCAAAAACAGCAAGUUAUAUUUGGUCGAUGAAGCACCAAAUAUGAUAUCCACCCUUAUCAUUUUGCUCAGUGAUUCAGAUUCAACUACUGUUGCGGUUGCUUGGGAAGCUUUGUCGAGAGUUGUCACUUCAGUUCCGAAGGAACUUCUUCCUUCGUAUAUAAAGUUAGUUCGUGAUGCUGUUUCUACAUCCCGAGACAAAGAGCGUAGGAAAAGGAAGGGAGGGCCAGUUGUUAUACCUGGGUUGUGUCUCCCGAAAGCUCUUCAACCCUUGAUUCCUAUCUUUCUCCAGGGUCUUAUGAGUGGAUCAGCAGAAUUGAGAGAGCAGGCAGCUCAAGGCCUUGGGGAGUUAAUUGAAGUGACAAGCGAACAAGCACUCAAGGAGUUUGUUAUCCCCAUUACUGGGCCUCUUAUCCGGAUAAUAGGUGAUCGGUUCCCUUGGCAGGUGAAGAGUGCUAUUUUGUCAACUUUGAGUGUCAUGAUAUCGAAGGGUGGAAUGGCCCUCAAACCUUUUCUUCCACAGCUUCAAACAACAUUUAUCAAGUGUCUGCAGGAUAACACAAGGACUGUUCGCUCGAGUGCUGCCCUAGCAUUAGGGAAGCUUAGUGCACUGAGUACCAGGGUUGACCCUUUAGUUGGGGAUCUUUUAUCUAGUUUGCAGGCAUCAGAUGGUGGUGUCCAAGAUGCUAUUUUGGCUGCCUUAAGGGGUGUCCUCAAGCAUGCUGGGAAGAGUGUGAGCAGUACCUUUAGAACUCGUGUCUACACUGCCCUUAAAGAUUUAAUUUAUAAUGAUGAAGACCAAAUUAGAGCCUCUGCUUCAAGUAUGUUGGGCAUCAUUUCAAAGUACAUGGAAGACGGUCAACUCUCGGAGCUGCUUGAUGAACUCUUAAAUUCAGCUUCGUCUUCUAGCUGGUCUGCUAGGCAUGGUUCAGUACUUGUAAUCUCUUCCAUGCUUAGGCAUAAUCCUUCGAUGCUUUGUGCAUCUCCAAAGUUCUCAAUUGUCGUACAUUUUCUUAAAGAGAGCUUGAAAGAUGACAAGUUUCCUGUUCGUGAAUCAUCAACGAAAGCAUUAGGAAGGCUUCUACUCCAUCGAACUCGGAGUGAACCCUCGAACACCAGUGCACAUCUGGAAACUCUUAUAUCCUUGGUAACAGCAAUGCAAGAUGACUCAAGUGAAGUCAGAAGAAGGGCAUUAUCUGCACUGAAAGCAGUUGCCAAAGCUAAUCCUACAGCAGUUAUGAACCAUGUUGCGAUAUAUGGGCCUGCACUGUCAGAAUGUUUGAAAGAUGGAAAUACUCCUGUGAGACUCGCUGCAGAAAGAUGUGCAUUGCACUCAUUUCAAUUGGCAAGGGGCACUGACAAUGUUCAAGCUGCUCAGAGAUUUAUAUCAGGCUUGGAUGCAAGACGAUUAUCGAAGUUUGCAGAACACAGCGAUGAUAGUGAAGACAGUGAAGAUGACUUGUCGAGUGGCUGAUAAAAUGUUGGUUCCAUGGUCGGUACUAAUUUUGGUUCUUCCGCAAGGAUGGAAAUCUUUGUUCUGUUCGAAAUGAUCCAGAAGCUGCAGCCAAAAGACCCGCGGCAGUUUUGUGGUAAUUGAGAGGAAAUUGUGUUGUACAGCGAUAGAAGAGGAUUACACCCAUUUUUUCACAGGGUCCUCUUUUCAUAGUCAAUUUAAUCACUAUAUCUGACAUCACAAGAGUUGUAUUUGACCGAUGAAGGCAUAGAGUUGUCCUAUUUUUUGUGUGGCUUUUGUCUGGAAUUUUGGUUGCUUAAAGUGAAACCCAUAUAGAUAAAACCGAGAUCAUGUUGUGAUUGCAUUAUCGUAACUCUCUAUAAUAAAACUUAGGCUGAUUGUUGAACAA